UCAGCUACUGUCUGUGGUCUUACUGCAGGGUUAUAUGGCGUCCUCAAGUCACAACCACCCGGACCUCUAUUCUUAUUUUCGGCCAUGAAUAGCGGCAUCGCAUCUGCAACAUUCUUCAGCAUACGAGAGUACCUCAUCGGCCCCGCACUCGUCCUGUCAAUGCCAGGAAAACAGUACGAACUACGCAGACAGAGACUAAAGGAAGCCAAAGAAGGGGCUCCUGCCGAUGUAUCCCGAUUAACGUGGGGUGACCUCCGCUCUCGUAAAGUACUCGACUCCAGCAUCAGCGGAGCGUUGGCUGGUGGCGUCCUUAACACAUGGAAACGUGGAAGAUCAGGAACUGUCCCUGGCCUAGUGACGGGCGCAGUGAUGUGCGGGCUCUUACAAUGGGCAUUCAACGAGUUCGAUAUUCUGAGGAUAACUCACAUCUCCCGAGUGGCGCAUACACCGCCUGUACCUACCAUCCCCGCAACGCCCGCUCCGACAGAAUAUCGCCCUCCCUCCUUACCCGUCACCACCCCAGAACUACCCAAAUCACUCACAGACCAGAUAUUUGCCAUGUUGGGUCAUAAAAUUUCCGACGAGGAGUAUCUUGAUAGGAUGAAAGCUCAAAGGGAUAAUCAUCUCCGUAGGAUCGAGCAGCUUGAACGCGAACGUGACGAAAAGCGCGAGACGUGA